AUGGUUUUUGUAAUGUUUUCAAAAUGGAGUAUAGUUAAUAUACUUCUUCUGUCCUGGUGCUGUGCAAAUCCAAAUUUUCGUACAAAAGGACUAAACUUUGUCCAUUCUUAUCAAGAGCCAUCAAAGUAUGAAUAUACAGCAAGAAGAUUGGAAGGCUGUGGACAAUUUUGUAAUAGCUGCGAUUCUUCUUGAUGCAAUUCAUGUAUUCUACCAGAUCAAAUGAUGCAAGAUCCAAACGACUAUUCUAAUUGCAUUUGCUCCAGUGGAACUUACUGUUCUUAUGAAAAUGUCUGUAUUACCUGCAACUCUUACUAUUAUCCUUAUUGUAGCUCUACAGACUCUGGAUGCCUUGCUUGUGGAGAGAAAUGCAAAACCUGCUCUUCAAGCAAUUCUUGUUCUGAAUGCGCCCAGCCUGAUUUAAUGCAUAUUGUCAGUUCUUUAGGAAGCUGUGCUUGCAAUGAAGGCUACACAAGCUACCCAUAUGAUAAUAACCAAUGCGUGAGCUGCCCAAAUUUAUGCUCUGCCUGCUCAAGUUUGACACAAUGCACUGCUUGUAAACAAAAUGCAGAACUUGGCAGUAAUUGGCUAUGCCAAUGCAAAUUUGGGUAUUAUUUGAACAACUCAAAUAAAUGUAUAGCCACUUGCAACUCGCUAUGUACCUCCUGCAGUGAAAAUGAUGGGAAUUUUUGCUAUGGAUGUGUGCCAAAUGCUGAAUUAAAGGGUAAUUCUUGCUCCUGUACUGAUAAUUCAUAUUUUGAUGCUCAAAAUCUGGCCUGCAGUUGUAGAAAUGGGUACUAUUUGUCUCAUAGCAAAUGUAUCACAUGCAAAAAAUAUUUAUCAAAUGCACUGAUUAGUGGCGCUUUCUUUUCGCCAUCAAUGAGUUUUUUAUAUGUAGCCUUUUAUGUAAAUGUGGACAUUACAGUUGAUGCAGCAUGUGAUAAAGUACUGCUUGAUUCCUCUUUAGAGAAAAUGGGGAAAAAUCCGAUUUGCACAUGGGUUGAUUCCAGAACUUUAAGGAUUUCAUUAGUCCCCCCUCUGUGAGGGCACAAAAUUAAUGGAAAAAUCCUUAUUUUUUGGGUGAAAAUGACCCUUAUAAGUGAACAAAAAAUUUUUUUAAAUAUAUGUGAUAUAAUGAAAUCUCUGGCUACUUAUAAAAUUUUAAAUAUCUUGCAUCUUGGAAUGUAAAUUUUGCAAAUUAAAUUAAUUUUAGCUUUCAAAAAAUAAAAAAUUCCCUUCCGUGAGCGAUCAAAAAAAUUGUGUUUGCUCACUGAGGUGGGGGUUAGGAUUAGAUUUUACACAGAGAAUAGACGAAAUCUUAUUAAAUGGAUUAUAUAUAAUUAAAAGUGGAGAAGACAAAUGCACACUAGACUACGAGCCACUAGCAGUCAAACCCAAACUUGAAGAAAGCAUAUACCCUCAAGCAAUUUUAUCAGGCCCUUCUUAUUUUUCUCUCUGCGGUAUCGAUCCUCUUAUAUUUUCUGUAGACCUAUCUACAGGAUUUAUUGGCUCAUCUUUUAGCUACCAAUGAAGUGCGGUUCUGAGCCCAUCGAAUUCUCUAGUGUCAUCAAAAAUCGCUGAAAACAAAGAUUCCACAAUUUAUAUUUCUCAGCUGUGAUUUAAUUCCAAUAUACCUGUGACUUCCUUAAACACGACUAUAACCCUUACGAAUAUAUUGGGAUUAUCUAGCAACUUUACGAUGGUUACCAAAGUUGUGAAAGAAGACACCCUUUCAGUCCAGUUUGACCAGGGCAGCAAUAUGACAAUAAAAGCUAGCGAUCAAGUUACCUUAAAACCACGAAUCGUCCACAUGUGCGGCGAUUCUACUGAGAGCAUUGACUGAAUUUGGACUUUCCAAAAACUAAAUUCAUCGAAUCACUCGCCAGCUCAAUUUUUUGGGAGCAAUUCUGACAAAUUCACAAUAUACCCUGGUUUGCUUGAAAUAGGAAUAAUUGAUAUGGUGGGAUUAAAUACGUUCUUUACGAUUCUGCAACAUCCUGGUCGCAAAAAGUAACUUAUAGCUGAAGCAAAGGUUUAAGCCCUUUGAUCUAACACUUAUUUAUUCGAGGGUGGGACUCUUGGUGGUAAACCUUAACUCCAGACAAGUAUUGAUUAUCUGGAUAAUAUUAAGGCUAUACUCUUUUUCUUGCUCCGAAAUCGGGAUGAGGUUUCUUCUCCCCUGGGUGUCAACUCUACCAAAGAUGACUGACAGAAGAUAUCGGGAAGCCUUUAGCUUCAUAUAUCCGAUAGUGUACUGAUAAGGAGUCUUUCUAACCGCUGAGAUUCUUUGCAAUCACUGCAAGUCCUGCUCCUUGAGAAGGCCGCUGUUAUAAAUAGCAACUAAAUAUCCGCCUAGCAAGGUUAGAAGCAUGCAGAGACAUCAAAUCUGAAAGACUUUAGCACUUUAAUUUAAUUAGAAGUAGGAAUGUCUUAUAUUUUCACUGCAAUAGCUUCUCAAUUGUCUAAUGGCAUAAAUGUUCUGGGAAAUGCUUCUAUUUCAAUUCAGGUAACAGAUUCUCCGCUAUAUCUUCAAUUGUCAAGGUCCAGCGGAGAUACUUCGCCCAAUAGAGAUUUAAUUCUGAGUGCUAGCGAAUCUUUUGAUCCUGACUCUCCAUCAUCAACUAUAUUCUAUGAUUUCUCUUGCAAGAAUCAUGCAAACGGAUCAGAAUGUUUAGAUUCAAAUGGCGAAAAAUUGUUUGCCACCAAUAAUUUCUCAAGUAUUAUCCAUGCACACAAUAGAUUGAUAUGGCUUUGUUCUAAAAACGUAAAAACCGGGUUUUCUAGGGCACUUUGACUUUAUCAUCUAUCUCACUUUCCCUUGAAUAGCCCGAUAACGGGCUGGCUUCAUCCCGUUAUCAGGCUAUUCAAGGGAAAGAGCUAUAAGUCUGAAUAGGCAUCUCACAACUGUAUUUGUCCGACUUAUAUAAAAAGAUGCAUAGCAAAUACCGUUCUGAAGAUUAAAAUAUUAAUAAAAAUAAUCUAUUUCUAUAUAGAGACUAUACUAUAAUUCCUUCGUCUAGGUUAAUAAAAGGAGCCCAGUGAGACAUUAAAGCAAAAAUUUAUAGAGGUGAAAGAUCAGAAUCGAAAGAUAUUUCUAUUCAUGUCCAUGACCAAGAUUCUAGCAUAACAGUUGAAAUUCCUACUGAUAAUAUAAUGAUCAACAGUCAGCAAUUAAAUAUAUUUUCAGCUGCAGUUUCAGCAAGACAAGGCUCUGAGAUGUGAUGGAGCCAGAUUUCUGGAAGAGGGGUUAAACUUUCUCCCAAUUAUUUGUCCACAAUUUCUUUUCCAGCUUACACUUUCAAUGAAGGAGAGACAUAUAUUUUUCAACUAUAUAUAAUGGAAAAUUCUGUUGUUUUCCGAUCUCAAUUGAACAUUACUACAAACUUGGGUGCCGUUUGCAGAAAAUCCACAUCAAUCGUCCCAGAUUCAGGGAGAGCACUAUAUGAUUUUUUUACAAUUUCAAUAUUUGGGUGCUAUGAUCGUGACGAAAGUAAUUAUCCUCUAUAUUAUACAUUCCAAGACACCUGAAACGGACUUAACUAUACGCUUGGACAUGCAUCCCAAAGCAAUAAAAUUACUACUUAUUUAUAUUCUGGGACAAAUGUGCUGAAUGCUCACGUAUGUGAUCAACUUCUAACUUGCUCAGACUAUCCGCUAAAAGUUACUAUAAAUCCAUAUGAUGCAAAACUUUGGCAAAACUCUUCAUUGGCAUAUGCGUAUUGGAAAAGCACGAUUGAUACUGAUAAUAUUCCAUCUUCUAUUGCGCUCUUUUGCAGCAUGUCUGUGCUUGAUUGAAAUAUAUUUGAUAUCAUGUGGAAUGAUCUGCAGAAAUACGUAAGAAAUAGUAAUAUAGUAAAUAACAGCAUAUUGAGCUUAGUUCUAGAUGCUACGCUUUCUUUAACGCUCCAAACAGGCUUGGUGAGCUUAGUCUUAUAUCAUGGAAUUUUCAAUUUGCUUGGAGGCAUAUUGGCUAAUAAUCCAUCGCUAAUUCCUACAGUUCAGGAUAUUAAAAAAAUCGUUUUAAUUGGAGAAAAUUAUUUGCUUUAUGGUAGAAAUAGUAAAUAUCGAGAUCAAGCAUUUGAAAAGUAUAUUUGGACACUAGACCAGUUUUAUAAUCAAUGAAUAGUUGCUUCCACAGCUCUUGAUUUAGUGACACAAAGCUCGCUAAAUGGCAGCCAAAAUACAGAAAAUACUCUUAUUUAUAAUUAUAGAAAUUUUCAAAGCAAGUGAUUGAAUUGAACCAUGAAUCUUGGAAGCUCUGGGUCUAUCAAAUUCCCAGCAUCACUUUCUUUCGACAAUACAGAUAUCAUGAAUUUUAGAGUUAUUUAUUACAAUAGCUCAAAAGAGGACAGUCAACAUUUUGGAAUUAUUUCACUUGGAUUUUCAAAUUCAGGAAGCUAUAGCAAUUAUGCACUAUUAACUCAUAAAGCAGACGCUAAACCUUAUUCAACUGUUCAAUAUCCUUUUACCAUUGAGCUACCCAUUUAUAAAAAAUUUAAUUCAGAGCUAAAUUGCUUUUUUUAUAACGAAGCUAUCUCCAAUUGGACAAGCUCGUAUUGCUCCAAAUCUAAAGUUAGCAAUUCCAGUAUUUCUUUUGCAGUUACCCAUUUUUCUAUGUAUAAAAUUUCAGAAGAUCCAGCAACAAUUCCUAAUAAAGAUGACGAUGAUGAUAAAGAUGAUAAUAAAGAUAAAGAAAAAGAUGAUAAGCAUAAUUACGCCCCCAUCUUUAUCCUUGUUGGAACUAUAAUCUCUCCUUUUAUCCUUAUUCCUAUUUUCAUGUUCUUUGACUUUAUUAUCCAUAAAGGCAUAAAUUGCAACAAAAAAUCAAAAGAUCGUAAAGAAAACCCAAGUGAAAUAAAAGAUCUGGAUAUAUACAGAAUACAAGCAGGUGGUGAUUCGCCAGAAACUGCUUAUAGAAGCAAUAGUAUUCGAUCUCCUCAAGAAGAGGGUCCAAAUUGAACUGAAGGUUCAUUUGCAAAGCAUAAUAAAAUUGAGCAAGAGGAAGAAGAAAAUCCCAAGUCAAAGUGUAAAAAGUUCGAGACUGUGCUGGAGAAGCUGAUUGAAGGGCAUUUGGUACUCGGAUUUCUAGCUUUAUACAGAUCCACUCUUUCAAGGCUAUUAAAACUUUUUACCAUCAUGACUAUAAUUUUGUUUGAGUUAUUUUUGGAAGGGCUUUUCUUCUAUAUAUAUGAAGACACUGAAACCUUAAUAGCAAAAUCCACACAGUCCUUGUUUAUCCGUUAUCAAGCCCACUAUUUUCUUUAUACGGUUUAUGCACUUUUAAUAACUUUCCCUAUAGAAAUACUCAUGGUUAUGACGCUAUGCAUCGAUUAUUCACCAAAAAGUUUUGGAUUCAGAUUUUCUAUUGUCUUGGGGACUAUUUUGCUUUCUGGCUCGAUUGUGGGAAUCCCUAUCCUAAACAAAUAUAUUACUACCACUCUCUGUGAUCGAACAAAUCCGUUGGAAAAAUCUUUAUUUUCCAUGAAAAAAAUUUUUUUUUAUGAAAAAACAAUUUUGAUAUAUAAGUUAUAAUUAUUAAUGAAGCAUCUAACUAAUUCUGUAUAAUUUAGCAACAGCUUGCAUUUUAAAAGAUAAAUUUUACAAAUUAAAUUAUUUUUUUGCUUUUUGAACUUUUACAAAUUGGAUUUUUUUUUUAAAUGUAAAAACAAAAAUUUACUAUAAGAUUUAUAUAUAUUUUAAAAUAAAAAUUAGCCGCCCAGUGUCAGCUAACAAAAUUUUUUGCUUGCUAACAGAGGGGAGUUAUGCGCUCCUGAUGUGGGUUUUGGGCAAUUAGUUAUUUAUAUGGAGCUUUAAUCGAGAUUUUUGGUAUUCAAAUGGUUUGGAUGAUGUUCAGAUACAUUUUUGUUUAUUGCAUGCCAAAGAUUAAAAAUUAA